UUACGUAUGACGUAACGUGACGUACCAGGAAGUAAACAGGGACCCAUUGACUAUAGUAGGUGUCCACUGUGUUGCGUUUUAAUAUAAAAAAAUAUAACUUGACACUUGGAAGGAUACAAAUUAGUGUAGGUGCUACAAACACUUACAUGACUUAUUUGAUAAAUGCAGCCGAGAGGGGAAGUGUGCGUUUAGCAUGUCGGCUAGCUACCCCACACCUCUGUACGCUCACGCCGCAAGGGGAGACUUCCGUGAUGUGUACGAGCCGUCGGAAGAUUCCUUCCUGCUCAUCGACUCUCUGGAGCAAGAUGCAGCCAAGCUCCAGCAGAUGAGGCCGUGCAUCUGCGUGGAAGUGGGCAGCGGUUCCGGAGUGGUGUCCGCAUUUCUUGCAUCUGUGCUCGGACCUUCGUCGGUCUAUUUUUGCACGGAUGUGAAUCGCACAGCGGCGCUAUGCAGUGCAAAGACUGCGUCGUGCAACAACGUGACCAUGGAGCUCGUCAUCACAGACCUGGUGGAGUGUUUCCUGCCCCGGUUAAGUGGACAAGUGGAUGUGCUGCUGUUCAACCCCCCAUAUGUGGUCACACCAUCCAGUGAGGUGGGAAGCACAGGUAUAGAAGCUGCCUGGGCGGGUGGGAGGCAAGGCCGUGAGGUGAUUGACAGGUUCCUACCUGUUGUGUCCCAGUUGCUGUCCAGUCGAGGGCUGUUCUACUUGGUCACCAUAGCAGAGAAUGAUCCAGAGGAGAUUAUCCAGGUACUGAGUGGGCAUGGUCUGCACGGAAACCCACACCUGUCAACCAGAGCUGGAAACGAAAGACUGACAGUCCUGUGCUUCCGCAGGAGUCAGCAAACGUGAACUUUGAGUAUGUCAAAAUGGGGAGCACAUUUCUGCAAAUAUUGGAUUGUAUCUUUUAAUGGGACAACAUUAGAGAAAUGACACUUUGAUACAAUGUGAAGUAGUCAUUGCUAUUCUUUUUUUUUUUUUUAAAUAAAAUUAACUUUCUACAUCUGUGUUAUCCAUCAUGAGGGGGCACAAACCUCCAAGACUGAAAUGUCAAAUCAGCGAGGGAACAAAUGCAAUCUAGGACCUUAAUAAAAAAAAAAAAUGAAGUUAAGUUUAAUGUAGAGACAAGAGAAGGUGACAAAAAACGCAACAGGCUUUUAUUACAACCAUGCACGUGAAAUUACAAAAAAAAGAAAAUCCAUGUUAGAAAAUAAAAUGUGAAUUACGAUCAGGCUGUAAUUUGCACAUAUUCAGUGAUGUGGAAAAGUGUUUGCCCUCUUCCUGAUUUCUAAUUUUUGUGCCUGUCACACUUGCAUGUUAUUUGGAAGGUGUUUAUCCCAUUAGAUAUGGUGUUAAAGUAACAUCGCAUUUCAGAAAAAGAACAUACAACAGUAAAAUGUGGUGGUGGUGGUGUGAUGGACUGGGACUUAUUUGCUGCUUUUGGACCUGGACUUUUGGACCAAGACUUGCUGUGAUGAAUGGAAGCAUGAAUUCUGAUGUCCACCAAAAAAAUCCUGAAGGAGAAUGUCCAGCUAUCUGUUGGUGACCUCCAGCUGAAUGGACUUGGGUUCUGCAGAAUGCACGUGAAUGCAUAUACACGCAUGUGUACGCUGUAUAAGCCAUAGAAUCAUUUAGAAAU